AUGCCCAAGGCAUCGAGUUCCCGCGCUGCCGCCAUGGCCCGUAGACACAACCCUCUCGCAGAAGAUAUCACUUCCGCGGGGCACCUUCGGACACAGAGCAGCAAAAAGGGCAAAGGCAAGGCCGAAGAUGGCGAGGAGGGCGAAAAUGGACAGCGCUACGUCGAUGCGAAGAUGUCGCGGAAUAUCCUCCAGCUUGGACAGGAAUUAGCCGACGAGGAUGCCGAGAGAGAAGCCAAAGAUGCUACACAGCCCAAAUCAAACGGCGCAUUCGACUUCGACACUCGGUUCGACGAGGAGGAGGCUUUUUCUGACGAUGAGGGAAAAUUUGAGGCCGAUGAUUGGGUUGACGAUGAGGUCGAGCAAGUUGAGGUCGACCCCAAUGAUCUAGAUAUGUUCAACAAGUUCAUGCCCCACGAGGAAGACCCUAUUUUCCACCCCAAAGACCCUAGCUCCGCUGGUCCCACCAACCUUGCCGAUUUGAUCCUUGAGAAGAUCGCCGAACACGAAGCCAAGCAAUCUGGCGAUGGCACAUAUGCCCCAUACAUCCAAGGUGGUGGAAUUCCCGAGGACGCAGUACAGAUCCCCGCCAAGGCCGUGGAAGUAUACGAGAAGGUUGGUAUGAUCCUCUCUCGCUACAAGUCUGGCCCGCUCCCCAAGCCCGUCAAGAUUCUUCCCUCUGUACCGAACUGGCAGACCCUCCUCGACAUCACUCGUCCCGAGUCAUGGACCGGCAAUGCCGUCUACGCAGUCACCCGUAUUUUCAUUUCGUCCAAGCCCCACGUUGCGCAGGAAUUCAUCAACAUUGUCCUCUUGGAGCGAGUGCGCGAGGAAAUCCACGCAACCAAGAAGUUGAACGUCCAUACUUAUAACGCUCUCCGCAAGGCUCUCUACAAGCCCGCAUGCUUUUUCAAGGGACUUCUCUUCCCGCUCGUUUCUGCCGGCACCUGUACCCUGCGCGAAGCUCACAUUGUCUCGUCUGUCAUCGCCCGUGUCUCCGUCCCAGUGCUGCACUCCGCUGCUGCCCUGUUGCGCAUGUGUGAUCUGUCCGCCGAACAGUCCGUCACUGAUGUCGAGAGCACUGGUGCGGUGAACAUGUUCAUUCGCGUCUUCCUGGAGAAGAAGUACGCCCUUCCAUUCAAGGUCGUUGAUGCUCUGGUCUUUCACUUCCUGCGCUUCCGUGCCGUUGACCCCGAUGAGAUGACCGAUGGUAACGGGCUAGGAGCCAAGAACUACAAGCUGCCCGUUCUCUGGCACCAGUCCUUGUUGGUCUUUGCUCAGCGGUACCGUAACGAUAUCACCGAAGACCAGCGUGAGGCUCUUCUCGAUCUGCUGCUCGUUCGUGGUCACAAGGAUAUUGGCCCCGAGGUUCGCCGUGAAUUGCUCGCUGGUCGAGGACGUGGUGUGGUAGUUCCCGACCCCGAGGCACAGAACGCUAUGGAUGCUGGCGAUGAUACGAUGGAUGUGACCAUCUAG